AUGGCAAUGACGGGUCAGAGCUCAUGCUCCUCCAUGAGUAACCACACCAAGGAACGGGUCACCAUGGCUAAGGUGACCUUGGAGAACUUCUACAGCAACCUCAUUGCCCAGCACGAGGAGAGGGAGAUGAGGCAGAAGAAACUAGAGAAGGUGAUGGAUCAAGAAGGCUUGGCCGAUGAAGAAAAAAGUCGUCGGCGUACUGAACAUGCAAGAAAAGAGUCCGACUUUCUUCGCCUGAAGCGCACCCGACUCGGUCUGGAAGACUUUGAGUCCCUGAAGGUGAUUGGCCGUGGAGCAUUCGGAGAGGUGCGUCUCGUGCAGAAGAAAGACACCGGCCACGUCUAUGCCAUGAAGAUCCUUCGCAAAGCUGACAUGCUGGAGAAAGAACAGGUGGGUCACAUACGUGCUGAGCGGGACAUCCUGGUGGAGGCGGACAGUCUGUGGGUGGUCAAGAUGUUCUACAGCUUCCAAGAUAAGAUGAACCUCUACCUCAUCAUGGAGUUCUUACCUGGAGGAGACAUGAUGACUCUCCUGAUGAAGAAGGACACUCUGACAGAAGAGGCCACUCAGUUUUACAUCGCAGAGACAGUACUGGCCAUCGACUCCAUCCAUCAGUUGGGGUUCAUCCAUAGAGACAUCAAGCCAGACAACCUCCUGCUAGACUCUAAGGGUCACGUUAAGCUGUCGGACUUUGGACUGUGCACAGGACUGAAGAGAGCACAUCGUACUGAUUUCUACAAGAAUUUGAACCAUAGCCUGCCCAGUGACCUCACUUUCCAGAACAUGAACUCCAAGAGAAAAGCAGAAACCUGGAAGAGGAACAGGAGACAGUUGGCUUUCUCCACCGUGGGAACACCAGAUUACAUUGCUCCUGAGGUUUUUAUGCAAAAUGGAUACAACAAACUCUGCGACUGGUGGAGUCUUGGCGUCAUCAUGUAUGAGAUGCUAAUAGGUUAUCCGCCUUUCUGCUCUGAGACACCUCAGGAGACGUACAGGAAAGUGAUGAACUGGCGAGAGACGCUCACCUUUCCUCCAGAAGUGCCUAUUUCUGAAAAGGCCAAAGAUCUCAUCCUCAGGUUCUGCUGUGAAGAGGAGCACAGAACCGGUGCUGCUGGUGUGGAGGAGAUCAAGUCCAAUCCUUUCUUUGAAGGGGUGGACUACGACCAUAUCAGGGAAAGGCCCGCCGCCAUCCCCAUCGAGAUCAAAAGCAUCGACGACACCUCAAACUUUGAUGACUUCCCGGAUUCCGAUAUCCUCACACCAACAGCCACUCAGGUGUCCAACCAUUCGGACGCCGACCUGAAGAAUAAAGACUGGGUGUUCAUCAACUACACAUACAAGCGCUUUGAAGGCCUCACCGCCCGGGGAGCUAUCCCGUCCUACAUGAAGUCCACCAAGAGAUGA